AUGACAGCUUCUUAUUUACCUUCGAUUUUUGUGCCUUUAAUAGGUUUAGUUUUUCCAGCAAUUACAAUGGCUUCUUUAUUUAUCUAUAUUGAACAAGACGAAAUAAUAUAA